AUGUCCCGCCUGAUGAAUCUUGCGACAUUCUUGGCAGUCACCGCCGUCAACGCCGUCCUCCUUGCCGUCGAUGCCGUCCUCCUCACUGUCGACGCCGUCUUCCUCACCCCAGCAGGAACGCAAGUGAAGGAGGAGGAGGCCUGGGAAGAGACGAAGAUGGAGCUCCCCCGGGACCUCAAGCGCGCUGGUUUCCUCGCCGCCGCUCUUGCUACGCCUCUUGUCGUCGCUGCUCUUGCUCUGCCUCUUGUCGCCGCCGUUGCUCCGCCUCUCGUCGCCAUGCUCGCCGCCGCUCUUGCUCCGCCUCUCGUCGCCACCGCUCUUGCUCUACCUCUUGUCGCCGCCGUUGCUCCACCUCUCGUCGCCGCGCUCGCCGCCGCUCUUGCUCCGCCUCUCGUCGCCGCCGCUCUUACUCUGCCUCUUGUCGCCGCCGUUGCUCCGCCUCCCGUCGCCGCGCUCGCCGCCGCUCUUGCUCCGCCUCUCGUCAUCGGGCUCACCGCCGCUGUUGCUCUGCCUCUGGUCGCCGCCGUUGCUCCGCCUCUUGUUGCCGCGCUCGCCGCCGCUCUUGCUUCGCCACUUGUCGCAGUGCUCGCCGCCACUCUUGCUCCGCCUCUCGUCGCCGCGCUUGCCGCCGCUGUUGCUCUGCCUCUGGUCGCCGCCGUUGCUCAGCUUCUGGUCGCCGCACUCGCCGUCGCUCUUGCUCCACCUCUCGUCGCCACGCUCGCCGCCGCUCUUGCUGUGCCUCUCGUCGCUGUUGCUCUGCCUUUGGUCGUCGUCGUUGCUCCGCCUCUGGUCGCCGUGCUCACCGCCGCUCUUGCUUCGCCUCUCGUCGCCGUGCUUGCUGCAGCUCUUGCUCCGCCUCUCGUCGCCACACUCACCGUCGCUGUUGCUCUGCCUCUGGUCGCCGCCGUUGUUCCACCUCUCAUCGCCACCGUUGCUCUGUCGCCGUUGCUCCGCCUCUCAUCGCCUUGUCUACUCUCUGUCUCGCUCCAGUUUCAGACUGUGGUCAAGUGA